AUGACUCAGAACAUGCCAAAACCUCCCAACACCGACAAAACAAUUAAUUCCCCCAUAAAAGCCCGCAGUCGUUUACUCGGCCAAAUUAAUACAAAUCUAAUAAAUAAUGAUUUUGUGUCAACACAAAUAAUGUCAGAAACAGAAGAAAAUAAAAAAGAAGGAAAAUUUGAAAUUUGUAGAAAUUGGAUGAUUUUAAUGGGGAAAAGAAGUUUUGAGGAAAGUCAGGCAGCGAUUGAGUGCUUUUCUGAUUUGUUUAGAUUUUCGCUGGCUAUGGUUGGUGAGCUGUGA